AUGCUGAGAGUUGGCGGGAAAGGAGGGGGUGGCAUUGGGCAGCUACUGGCGGCGGUGGCGGCAGCUCUGCUGCUCCGCCUCUUCUCCGGCCCGGGGCCGGAGGUACUAUCGGAGGCUCUGCCGGAGGAUGAGGAAGAGAAAGGGGAUGCCCCAGCGAAGGGGAAAGUCGUGCCUGUUACUAUCAGAUGGGCAAACAUCAAUUGCGCCCUCGCCGAUAAAUCUUCAAAAUCAGUUCGUUUUCUACUGAAAAAUGUCAGUGGAGAGGCAAAACCAGGUCGUUUACUUGCGGUGAUGGGUCCAUCAGGAUCAGGCAAGACUACCUUGCUGAAUGUUUUAGCAGGUCAGAUAGUGGCGUCCCCUAGAUUACACUUGUCUGGACUUCUGGAGGUCAAUGGACACUCAUUCUCGAAUAACCCUUACAAGCUUGCCUUUGUUAGGCAGGAGGAUCUCUUUUUCUCACAAUUGACUGUUCGAGAAACGCUCUCUCUUGCUGCUGAACUUCAGCUGCAGGACAUAUCGUCAGUGGAAGAGAGAGAUGAGUAUGUGAACAAUCUUCUGUUCAAACUUGGCCUGGUCAGUUGUGCUGAUUCGCGUGUUGGGGAUGCCAAAGUCCGCGGGAUCAGUGGUGGUGAAAAGAAAAGGUUGUCACUGGCAUUUGAGCUGAUUGCUAGCCCGUCUGUCAUCUUUGCUGAUGAACCUACGACAGGCAUGGCUGAGAAAGUGAUGGAAACACUAAGGCAACUUGCACAGGAUGGACACACAGUCAUCUGCUCUAUACACCAACCUAGAGGAUCAGUUUAUGCUAAAUUUGACGACAUUUUGUUGCUCACAGAGGGUUCGCUUGUUUAUGGUGGUCCUGCACGUGAUGAAUCACUAGCGUACUUCUCAAAAUUCGGGUAUAUUUGCCCUGAUCAUGUGAAUCCUGCAGAGUUUUUGGCUGAUCUCAUUUCAGUGGAUUAUAGUUCCCCCGAGAGUGUCAGUGCUUCUCAGAAAAGGAUCGAUGGUCUCGUUGAUUCAUUUGCCGAGCAGAUGUCAUCAACUCUGUACGCAACGCCACUUACAGGGGUUGAUCCUAAGAACAACAUGAACUUAAAGAAUAAAAUAAUUGCCAAAAAAAAAGCUGGUUGGUGGAGGCAAUUCUGCUUACUCCUUAGACGCGCUUGGAUGCAGGCAUCUCGUGAUGGCCCAACAAAUAAAAUUCGAGCGAGGAUGUCUAUGGCAUCAGCUCUCAUAUUUGGUUCUGUCUUCUGGAGGAUGGGAAGGUCUCAGACGUCGAUACAAGAUAGGCUGGGAUUGCUUCAGGUUGCUGCUAUAAACACUGCAAUGGCGGCGCUCACAAAGACAGUGGGUGUAUUUCCCAAGGAACGUGCUAUUGUGGAUCGGGAGCGAGCCAAAGGGUCCUAUCAAUUAGGGCCAUAUCUACUUUCGAAAUUAUUGGCAGAGAUCCCAGUCGGAGCAGCUUUCCCAUUGCUCUUUGGUACUAUUUUGUAUCCCAUGACCCGUCUUCAUCCUACUAUGUCUAGAUUCGGGAAGUUCUGUGGAAUAGUGACCACCGAGUCCUUUGCGGCAUCAGCUAUGGGCCUAACAGUAGGGGCUAUGGCCCCUACUACCGAAGCAGCUUUGGCCUUGGGCCCAUCACUCAUGACCGUUUUCAUUGUAUUUGGAGGCUACUAUGUCAAUGCAGAGAACACACCUAUCAUCUUCCGUUGGAUUCCUCGUGUAUCUCUCAUCAGAUGGGCAUUCCAAGGGCUUUGCAUCAAUGAAUUUUGCGGCCUCGAGUUUGAUCAUCAGAACUCAUUCGACAUUCAGACUGGUGAACAAGCGCUCGACCGACUCUCCUUUGGUGGCAGUCGAAUUAGGGACACAGUCAUAGCCCAAAGCCGAAUACUACUAUUUUGGUACUACACAACCUACCUCCUCCUCGAGAAAAACAAACCCAAGUACCAGCAACUCGAGCUGCCACCUAGCGAACAAAUACAAACACCUCCGAACAUCGAGCCACCCGAAAGUGAACCCAAGGAACAAAACGAGCCACCUGAGAGCAAACCCAAGGAACCAAAUGAGCCACUACCCGUAUCUCCCGAACCCGGGCAAGGUGCUUAA